AUGAUAAUGCAAGCUAUCUCUCUCGCGCACGUCGAUACUAUCUACUCUGCAGAUUCGAUAGAAUGGUGUCCAUUCGAGGGAUAUGAAGAUUCAUUCGUUUGUGGGACUUAUCAAAUUAUCAAACCCGAAGAAGCAUCUUUGCACGAGCCUACACAGCUUGAAAAGAAAGAGCGAGGAGAAGAGGAAAGUGACGAUGACGAUGACGAUGAUGUUGAUGAGGGACCCAGUAAACCCACACAACGAAAAGGAAGGUUGUUACUAUAUCAUGUUGAUGACGAUGAUACACUGGCGGAAGUACGGAGAAUAGAAACUCCUGCUAUAUUGGAUACGAAAUGGUCGCCGAAGCUGGAUGAUGGCCGUCCCAGCCUAGGAGUAGCAGAUGCCAAAGGACAUAUAACUUACUAUGUGCUGGAUACAGAAACAAGGAGACUGGUAGAGAGACAGCAGAUUCAAGUGGAUGAGGAGUCUACUUUAUGUUUAUCUUUGGACUGGUCACAUCGUUUGGACUCAUCUUCCCCGUCAUCUAUAAUCACUUCUCUAUCGACAGGCUCAUUAGCUCAUCUGAUACCUACGCCGACAGGAUAUCAAGUAGAUUCCACUUGGAAAGCACAUGACUACGAACCUUGGAUCACAAGUUUUGACAAUUGGGAUGUCAAUACUGUAUGGUCAGGCGGAGACGAUUGUAAACUCAAAAGAUGGGAUAUAAGAGAAACCUUUAGACCUACAUUUGUGAAUAAAAAUUUCGACGCCGGAGUCACAACGAUCACAUCAUCACCUCAUACGCCGAAUCUGUUAGCUGUAGGAAGUUACGACGAAUCACUACGUAUAUUUGAUACUAGAUCACCUGGAGAACCAUUGACAACCAUAGCUCUAGGUGGAGGUAUAUGGCGCACUCGAUUCCAUCCGUCGUCUUCCAGGAAAGGCGAUAUCCUAAAUGCAUGUAUGCACGACAACUUCAAGGUUGUUAGGUUAUCUUCUUCCCUCAUAGGUGAUGAUCCGUCUCUUGAUGUUGCUGGAGAAGGUGAAGGGGGAAAAGUAGUGAAAGUAUUUGAAGAUCAUGAUAGUUUAGCAUAUGGUGUAGAUUGGUCAAGAAAGAAAGAUAAGAAUGGCGAAACGUUAAUUGCCAGUUGUUCUUUUUAUGAUCAUUCAAUGCAUUUAUGGAGAGGAUAA